CGCCGGACAGAAGCGCUGGUUUUGAAACCGUUUUUGGAUGAAUUGAAAGUUCUCUCGGAGGUUACGGUUGAUUCGCAAGUACAGUAUUAUGCUCAGCUGACUGUAAUACUCCAGAGAAAAACGAGAAUGAAGGUGAGUCAUAGUGUGUUUCUGGACGAGAAUAAUGGAAUGAGAGAACUUGUUGCUCUGCAUCUGCCGUCCGUGUCUUCAUAUCCAACUCUCAACAUGAUUUUGUAUAUCCCAGAAGCAAAUCAAAGUCCUCUACGUAUUCAAGAUUCCAAAG